GCCUGCUCUUACCUGGAGUUUCACUACCAUGGACUUAACCGAGGAUAGCGCUGUGGAAAUGAUCCUGCGCUGACCCACUUCCUCACGCGGUCCUUUCCCUCUCUGUCUUUGACGCCUUCUUUCAUUUCUGUCAGGUGUAGUCAAACCUGAGGAACCAUGUCGGACAAGAUGUCCAGUUUCCUCCAUAUUGGGGACAUUUGUUCCCUGUAUGCAGAGGGCUCCACCUGUGGAUUUAUCAGCACUUUAGGGCUUGUGGAUGACCGCUGUGUGGUACAACCAGACACAGGCGACCUCAACAACCCACCCAAGAAAUUCAGAGAUUGCCUUUUCAGACUGUGUCCUAUGAACAGAUACUCGGCACAGAAACAAUUCUGGAAGGCUGCAAAACCUGGAGGCAACAGCACCACUGACACAGUCCUCCUCACCAAACUCCAUCAUGCUGCUGACCUGGAGAAGAAGCAGAAUGAGUCUGAAAAUCGCAAGCUGCUGGGGACAGUCAUCCAGUAUGGAAAUGUUAUUCAGUUGCUGCAUUUGAAAAGCAAUAAAUACCUGACAGUGAACAAGCGCCUUCCUGCACUGUUGGAGAAGAAUGCCAUGAGAGUGACUCUGGACUCAGCGGGAAAUGAGGGAUCCUGGUUCUACAUCCAGCCCUUCUACAAGUUGCGGUCCCUGGGAGACAGUGUGGUGAUAGGAGAUAAAGUGGUCCUUAACCCUGUGAAUGCAGGACAGCCUCUACAUGCCAGCAGCCACCAGCUAGUUGACAACCCAGGAUGCAAUGAGGUUAAUUCUGUAAAUUGCAACACUAGCUGGAAAGUUGUUUUAUUCAUGAAAUGGAGUGACAACAAGGAAACAAUACUUAAAGGGGGGGAUGUAGUCCGGUUGUUCCAUGCAGAGCAGGAGAAGUUCCUCACUUGUGACGACCACAGGAAGAACCAGUAUGUUUUUCUUAGAACAACCGGCAGGCAGUCUGCCACUUCCGCUACCAGCAGCAAAGCUCUGUGGGAAGUAGAGGUGGUCCACCAUGACCCAUGUAGGGGAGGUGCAGGCUACUGGAACAGCCUGUUUAGGUUUAAACACUUGGCCACAGGUUGUUAUUUGGCUGCUGAGAUGGGUGAGGUGAAUGCAGACUUUGAGGAGGAGAGUGCUGAGCAGCGGUCUGCGGUGGUGGACUUUACACCCUUUAAUUUCCAGCUGGAUGCAGAUAAUGAAGCUUUACGAGGUCGUCUGCGAGCUCCACAGGAGAAGAUCAUGUACACUUUGGUGCCAGUUCCCGACGGCAUGGACAUCUCCUCCAUCUUUGAGCUUGACCCUACCACUCUGAGAGGCGGGGACUCCAUGGUACCCAGGAGCUCCUAUGUGAGGCUAAGACACUUGUGCACCAACACGUGGGUUCACAGCACCAACAACCCCAUUGACAAAGAGGAGGAGAAACCUGUUAUGCUACGGAUUGGAACGUCAGCAGUAAAAGAGGACAAGGAAGCUUUUGCUAUUGUUCCGGUGCCGCCAGCAGAAGUGCGUGAUUUAGACUUUGCCAAUGAUGCAAGUAAAGUGUUGGCGUCCAUUGCAGGGAAGCUUGAAAAGGGCACCAUUACACAAAAUGAAAGAAGGUUUGUGACCAAGCUCCUGGAAGAUCUAGUGUUCUUUGUUGUGGACAUCCCCAACAGCGGGCAGGAUGUUUUGGAGAUAAUGGUUAACAAACCUAACAGAGAAAGACAGAAACUCAUGAGAGAGCAAAAUAUCCUGAAGCAGAUUUUCAAACUUCUCCAAGCCCCUUUCACAGACAGUGGUGACGGUCCUAUGCUGCGACUGGAGGAGCUUGGAGACCAGCGGCAUGCUCCUUUUAGACAUAUUUGCAGGCUUUGCUACAGGGUGUUACGCCAUUCUCAGCAGGAUUACAGGAAGAACCAGGAGUACAUAGCCAAACAGUUCCGCUUCAUGCAGAAGCAGAUAGGAUAUGAUGUGCUGGCAGAAGACACGAUAACGGCUCUGCUCCACAAUAACCGGAAGCUGCUAGAGAAACAUAUCACUGCUGCUGAGAUAGACACAUUUGUCACUCUAGUGAGGAAGAACCGGGAGCCGAGGUUUCUGGACUACCUCUCAGACCUCUGUGUGUCCAUGCAUAAGUCCAUCCCUGUGACACAGGAGCUGAUCUGCAAUGCAGUACUGGACCCUACCAAUGCUGAUAUCCUCAUCGAAACCAAAUUGGUCCUGUCGAGGUUUGAGAUUGAGAUAACGACAAAUGGAGAGAACCCCAUGGAGGCCGAGGAUGAAGAGGAGGUCUGGCUGUUCUGGAAAGACAACUGUAAGGAGAUCCGGAGUAAGAGCAUCCGGGAGUUGGCCCAGGAUGCAAAGGAGGGCCAGAAGGACGACCAGGAUGUUGUCAGUUACUACAGGUGCCAGCUCAACCUCUUUGCCCGGAUGUGUCUGGACCGUCAGUACCUGGCUAUCAACAAGAUCUCUGGUCAGCUGGAUGUGGAUUUGAUCCUGCGCUGUAUGUCUGAUGAGGACCUGCCCUUUGACUUGCGGGCGUCUUUCUGCCGCCUGAUGCUGCACAUGCAUGUGGACCGUGACCCCCAGGAGCAGGUCACACCUGUCAAAUAUGCCCGUCUUUGGUCUGAGAUCCCUUCUCAGAUUGCUAUUGACGACUAUGACAACGAUGGAACCACCAGAGAUGAGAUCAAAGAGCGGUUCUGCCUCACAAUGGAUUUUGUGGAGAACUACUUGAGAGAGGUGGUGUCACAGAACAUCCCCUUCUCUGACAGGGAGAAAAACAAACUUACCUUUGAGGUAGUCAACCUGGCAAGGAACCUCAUAUACUUUGGUUUCUACAACUUCAGUGACCUGCUUCGACUGACAAAGAUCUUACUGAACAUUUUAGACUGUGUCCAUGUCAGCACAAUUUACCCCAUCAACAAGUUGGAAAAGGGAGAGGAAACCAAAGCUGGCAGUAAUGUGAUGAAGUCCAUUCAUGGAGUCGGGGAGUUGAUGACCCAGGUAGUGCUGCGAGGAGGUGGCUUGUUGCCCGCCACACCAACUCAUCAGCCGGAGGGAGAUGUGGUUAAAACACAGACUGAACCAGAGAGGGAAGACAUCAUGGUCAUGGACACAAAGCUCAAGGUCAUUGAGAUUCUACAGUUCAUUUUGAAUGUACGGCUAGACUACAGGAUCUCCUGCCUGCUUUGUAUUUUCAAACGGGAGUUUGAUGAGAACAACCCACAAACAGACAAUGCUGCCAGCCAGAAUGGAACCAAUAAUGUCCCAGGUCAGAUGCCAGGAAAUCUUGACUUUGAGAACAUUGAAGAACAGGCAGAGGGGAUUUUUGGAGGAAGUGAGGAGAACACUCCACUGGACCUGGAUGACCACGGUGGUCGUACCUUUCUAAGGGUCCUGCUGCACUUGACCAUGCAUGAUUAUCCUCCUCUCGUGUCUGGAGCGCUUCACCUGCUCUUCAGACACUUCAGCCAGAGGCAGGAGGUCCUCAUGGCCUUCAAACAAGUCCAGCUGCUGGUGACCAGCCAGGAUGUGGAUAACUACAAGCAGAUUAAGACAGAUUUGGACCAGCUGCGUUCUAUUGUGGAGAAGUCUGAACUGUGGGUUUAUAAGAGGCAAGGUGAAGAUGGGAUGGACGGAGAUGGACCUUCAGAGUCUGACAAUAAAAAGAAGGGAGACUCACUUAGUUCAGACAAGAAGAAGACAGAAAGCUCCAGCAGUUACAACUACAGAGUCGUAAAAGAGAUCCUGCUGCGUCUCAGUAAACUGUGUGUCCAGGAGGGAAGCUCAGGGAAGAAGAGUAAGAAACAGCAGCAGAGGCUGCUGAGGAACAUGGGAGCUCACAGUGUAGUGCUUGAGCUCUUACAGAUCCCCUAUGAGAAGGGUGAGGAUGUCCGAAUGCAGGAGAUCAUGAAACUGGCUCACGAGUUCCUGCAGAAUUUCUGUGCAGGGAAUCAGCAGAAUCAGGCUCUUCUUCACAAGCAUAUCAACUUGUUUCUUAACCCAGGGAUUCUAGAAGCCGUCACCAUGCAGCACAUCUUCAUGAAUAACUUCCAGCUGUGCAGUGAGAUCAACGAGCGAGUGGUUCAGCACUUUGUUCACUGCACGGAGACUCACGGUCGACAUGUCCAAUAUCUCAAGUUCCUGCAGACCAUCGUGAAGGCUGAGAACAAGUUCAUCAAGAAGUGUCAGGACAUUGUCAUGGCUGAGUUGGUGAACUCGGGCGAGGAUGUCCUGGUCUUCUACAACGACCGUGCCUCCUUCCAGACCCUAGUCCAAAUGAUGCGUUCAGAGAGGGACCGAAUGGAUGAAAACAGCCCUUUAAUGUACCACAUCCACCUGGUGGAACUGCUGGCUGUCUGCACUGAGGGCAAGAACGUCUACACUGAGAUUAAGUGCAACUCUCUGCUUCCCCUGGAUGAUAUUGUACGGGUCGUCACCCAUGAAGACUGUAUCCCUGAGGUGAAGAUUGCCUACAUCAACUUCCUGAACCACUGCUACGUCGACACAGAGGUGGAGAUGAAGGAGAUUUAUACCUCCAACCAUAUGUGGAAGCUGUUUGAGAACUUCCUGGUGGACAUUUGUAGGGUGUGCAACAACACCAGUGACAGGAAGCACGCAGAUACCACGCUGGAGCGUUAUGUAACUGAGACAGUCAUGAGCAUUGUCACAUGUUUCUUUAGCUCUCCUUUCUCUGACCAGAGCACAAGCCUGCAGAUGGCACGCUAUGUAUACGCCGCCAUUCUUGGAAAGAUAACUGAGACUCGUCAGCCAGUAUUUGUCCAACUGCUUCAGGGAGUUUUCAGGGUAUUCCACUGUAACUGGCUUAACCCUCUUCAGAAGGCCUCAGUGGAGGCUUGCAUAAAAGUACUCUCAGACGUGGCCAAGAGCCGGGCCAUUGCCAUCCCAGUGGACUUGGACAGCCAGGUGAACAACUUGUUUGUCAAGUCCAAUAAUGUUGUGCAAAAGAGCAUCCUCAGCUGGAGACUAUCUGCAAAGAACACUUCCAGACGAGACUCUGGCCUGACAACCUCUAAAGACUACAGAAACAUCAUUGAGAGGCUACAGGACAUAGUGUCGGCGCUGGAGGACCGUCUGAGGCCACUGGUCCAAGCUGAGCUCUCAGUGCUGGUGGAUGUACUGCAUCGUCCAGAGCUGCUCUUCCCUGAGAACACAGAAGCUCGCAAGAAAUGUGAAAGUGGAGGAUUCAUAUCAAAACUGAUCAAACACACCAAGCAGUUGCUGGAGGAGAAUGAAGAGCGUCUGUGCAUCAAAGUCCUGCAGACACUGAGGGAAAUGAUGACAAAAGACCGGGGCUAUGGGGAGAAGCUGAUUGCCUUUGAUGAUGAGAUGGAUGUGGCUGAGCUGGCACCUCCACCUGAGCCUGAAGUCCCUGCUGAGGAGCUUGAUCCCAACCAGCCACAGAAGCAACUGGAGGAUCAAAGGAGGGGCGAAGCCCUACGGCAGAUCUUGGUCAAUCGAUACUAUGGAAAUGUCAAACCAGGCCAGAGGAGAGAGAGCCUCACAACCUUUAGCAACGGCCCACUCACUGUUGGAACACCGGGAAAACCACCUACAGUUGUCAGCUCUGGCGUUGGAGGUCGAGGGGAUCUGAGUUUGGCUGAGGUCCAGUGCCACCUGGACAAAGAAGGGGCUUCUGAUCUGGUCAUUGACCUCAUCAUGAACGCCACCAGCGACCGGAUCUUCCAGGAGAGCAUACUGUUGGCCAUUGCUUUGCUAGAGGGUGGAAACACGGUAAUCCAGCGGUCCUUCUUCCAUCGUUUAACAGGGGACAACAAGUCCGAAAAAUUCUUCAAGGUGUUUUACGAGCGCAUGAAGCUGGCUCAGCAGGAGAUAAAAGCCACUGUAACGGUCAAUACAAGUGACCUGGGCAGCAAAAAGAAGGAAGAUGAGCCACCAGACAAAGACACGCUAGCACGCAAGAAAGUCAAAGAUGUGCCGGUGGUGGCAGUGGUGACCGAGGAGGUGAAGGAGCAGCUAGUGGAGGCUUCCGCUGUCACCAAGAAAGCCUUCACAACCUACCGCCGCGAGGCUGAAGCCGAAGAGCACCAAGCGGCCGCUGAUGGCUCUCCCGUCCCGGCCGCUGAUAAGGGCCAGGAGGAAGGAGAGAUGAGUGUCAUCAUCACCAUCAUGCAGCCCAUCUUGCGCCUCAUGCAGCUGCUCUGUGAGAACCACAACAGAGAUCUGCAGAACUUUUUGCGCAACCAGAAUAACAAGAACAACUAUAAUCUGGUAUGUGAGACACUUCAGUUUCUGGACUGUAUCUGUGGCAGCACCACUGGGGGACUAGGGCUGCUGGGACUCUACAUCAAUGAGAAGAACGUAGGACUCAUCAACCAGACUGUGGAGAGCCUGACCGAGUACUGCCAAGGUCCCUGUCAUGAGAACCAGAACUGCAUUGCCACUCAUGAAUGCAACGGUAUUGACAUCAUCAUUGCUCUCAUCCUCAAUGACAUCAACCCCCUUGGCAAGAAGAGGAUGGAUCUGGUGCUGGAGCUCAAAAAUAAUGCCUCCAAGCUGCUUCUUGCAAUUAUGGAAAGUCGCCAUGACAGCGAGAACGCUGAGAGGAUACUGUACAAUAUGAGGCCUAAAGAGCUGGUGGAAGUGAUCAAAAAGGCCUACAUGCAGGGUGAGAUAGAGGUGGAGGAGCCGCAGGAGGGUGAGAAUGGAGAGGAGGAGCACUCUGCUUCUCCACGCAAUGUUGGUCAUAAUAUCUACAUCUUGGCACAUCAAUUAGCCCGUCACAACAAGGAACUGCAGGCUAUGUUAAAGCCAGGGGGGACAUAUGGAGAGGGUGACGAGGCCCUGGAGUUCUAUGCCAAACACACAGCUCAGAUUGAGAUUGUACGGCUGGAUCGCACCAUGGAGCAGAUAGUCUUCCCUGUGCCCAACAUCUGUGAGUUCCUCACCCAAGAGUCCAAGCUGCGUGUCUACUACACCACAGAGCGGGAUGAGCAAGGCAGCAAGAUCAAUGACUUCUUUCUGCGCUCUGAGGACCUCUUUAAUGAGAUGAACUGGCAGAAGAAGCUGCGAGGUACUCAAGAGGCUACUGGUAACACAAACACGGAGCCCCUUUUCGCAGCCAGGGUGAUCUACGACCUACUCUUCUUCUUCAUGGUCAUCAUUAUUGUUCUCAACCUCAUCUUUGGUGUCAUCAUCGAUACAUUCGCUGACCUGAGGAGUGAGAAGCAGAAAAAAGAGGAAAUCCUGAAGACAACCUGUUUUAUUUGCGGUUUGGAGAGAGACAAGUUUGACAAUAAGACGGUUACCUUUGAAGAACACAUCAAAGUUGAGCACAACAUGUGGCACUACUUGUUCUUCAUCGUCCUGGUGAAGGUCAAGGAUUCGACAGAAUACACCGGCCCAGAGAGCUAUGUGGCCGAAAUGAUCAGGGAGCACAACUUGGAUUGGUUCCCACGGAUGCGUGCCAUGUCCUUGGUCAGCAGCGACGCAGACGGAGAGCAGAAUGAGAUCAGAAGCCUGCAGGAGAAGCUGGAGUCCACCAUGAAACUGGUGUCUAACCUGUCAGGCCAGCUGACUGAGCUCAAAGAACAGAUGACAGAACAGAGGAAGCAGAAGCAAAGGAUUGGCCUGUUGGGACACCCUCAGCACAUGAACGUCAACCCGCAGCAGCCUGCAUAAGGUCAGCUGACAUGGCAGCUCACCAUCGGCUGUGUCACUCAGAGGUUGUACUAUAGUAUACAUAAUGUGUACUGGACUGAGGUAACUUAUAAUGAUAUGGAAACACUGCAACAUAGGUAGUCAUAAGGCAAUGUGUAGCGCUACCCCACGCAUGUGUUACUCCAAACUGUAACACUCACCCACCUCAUUCUGUUCAGUCCAGUUGGAAUUGGUGCCAAAUGUUUUCUAUGUAGAAAUUAAUUGGAUUUCUCGACACAUGACCUUUACCAGUUGAAACAUGAUAUAGCUGACACGACAGGAGGAAGCAGACUCAUUUGUUUUUUCAUUUUUUAUUUUAAUGUUUUCUAUUUAUGUUUCUGGCUUAUACAAGCAGUAUUAUUGUGUCUUAUUUUUGUAUGUUGUGCAAUAUAUUAACUUAAAUAUGCAACCUCAUUGGUGUGUGAAUUUAAGUCUCAUCAGAAAGCGUGGGCCAAUGGUUUUGUUCGUUCUUUAUUGUCACUGGACAAAAUAGGGAGUAGUUGGUUUACUUACGCAAAUUUAGACUUAAUAUUUAAUAAGCUGGCCUUCUCAUUUUUGUCAAACUUUUUUCUUCUUUUUUUUUCUUGAAGUGUGCAUAUUUCUUGAGUGUCAGCUGCACUCAAUAGAGAUAGUAUAUUGUGUGGGAGCAAUAUAUACAGAAGUUUUCUUUCACCUGUGUGAAUCCAAUGGUGUAAUAUCUCAUUGCUAACUUAUUUUAUGAUAAAUUUGCUUUCUUAUUUAAUUGAGUUCUAAUGGACAUUUAGAAUGUUUGAUUUGUCAAAUAUACUGUAUAAUAUAUUCAGUAUCACUCAUGCUAUUACAAUUUGCUCAGGAGUUGCGUAACUUUUAAUGUAAUAAAUGUCAUUAGCAUAGUUUUCGUGUUUUGCAGCAAAUUUGUUCCAUUUGUGCCUGUUUGUCAUCAUCAAGUCUGAUACAAGUUUGCCACUUGUGCAGAGUCACUGACUUUUAUGUUCAUGUUCACUAAAAUGUGUUCAAGUAGUUAGUUUUCAUGCUGUUAUAAUAAUCUUUUUUUUUUUUGGACUACUGUGUGUACAUAGCGUUUGUUGCUUAUCUUUAGCUUUUGUAUAGAAAAAUGAGAUGAAGAAAAAAAACUGUUACUUAUGAAUAUUAAGAUUAACUAAAAAUCUAAGCACUGUCAAUUUGUAUAUUAAAGUAGAAUUAUUUAUUAAAAGUGAUGUAAUUAC